GCCGACUAACGAUUUUGCCCUUCUCUGACCCUGUGUCACUCACUUCGCUUCUGUGUCAAAGGAUGCAUAAAGAUAUUGAUGGACCUGUGCAGCCACCUUCGAUCCAUCUUCGUCUUCUGAUCCUUUUCCGGUGGUGAGGAUGAAGUUUCUGGGCGGCAAAUGCCGGUUCUUCCAGGAGCCUUGUUCCUCACCCGGCCUUCUGGAAUUCUUCUUUCUCUGUCUAAGCAUUUUUAGCUUUACUGCAACUGCAUUGCCUCAAGCAUCUCUGACUGGUAUAGCGAAUCUGCUGUUGAAUCUGCCAGCGGAAUUCGUGCUCGCCGCAGAUAGCAUCGCAGCGGCUGUAAUCAAUGCGUUCAUUCAAGGAGCUGAAAUUCUUAGCGGACAGCCAAAUCCCGAACUUUAUUGGGCUUAUGGCCGUUCGCCACCAGUAUAUCCUUCACCAAAUGCCACAGGUCAGCAAGGUUGGCAGGAUGCUUUCAGCCAGGCGAGAGCACUGGUAGCUCAACUAACCAUCGAAGAAAAGGCCGGAAUCUCGCUUGGGAGCUCGACAACAAAGGGGUGUUCUGGCUUUAUUGGUCCCAUCGACAGCGUUGGGUUCCCUGGUCUCUGCCUCAAUGAUGCAGAGAGCGGCGUUAGAAACGGAGAACUUGUAUCUGGCUUUCCCGCUCAAAUUCAUGUUGGCGCUUCUUGGAAUCGACAACUCGCACAAGAACGCGGCCUCUAUAUUGGUCGAGAAUUCAAAACAAAGGGCAUCAAUGUUGCUCUUGGUCCUGUGGUCGGCCCGCUUGGAAGGCUUGCGAAAGGAGGCCGCAAUUGGGAGGGAUUUUCGAACGACCCGUAUUUGGCGGGGAGUCUAGUGUAUCCAACCAUUAACGGCAUGCAAGAGUCGGUGAUUGCUUGCGUCAAACACUUCAUAGUGAACGAGCAAGAGACGAACAGAGCCCCAUUUUUCCUGGGAUUUAUUCCGGGUCUGGCAAAUCAAUCAGUGUCCUCGAAUGUCGACGAUAGGACCAUGCAUGAACUGUAUUUGUGGCCAUUCUAUGAUGCUAUGAGGGCGGAACCGGGUGCUGUCAUGUGCAGCUACAACAGGAUAAAUGGCAGCCACGCGUGUCAGAACAGCAAAGCCUUGAACGGGCUCUUGAAAACAGAACUUGGCUUUCAAGGUUUCGUUGUCAGCGACUGGUACGGGUCGCACACGGGCAUUGCUGCUAACAAAGCCGGUCUUGAUAUGGUCAUGCCGAGUUCCCAAUUCCUGUCAGCAUCCACCCUUGCAACAGCUGUAAACAAUGGUUCUUUGGAUGUCUCAAGAAUCGACGACCAAGCUACCCGGAUCUUAGCGCCUUGGUUCCGUUAUGCCAAAUUCAGUGAUCCUGGAAUGGAUGAUCACGCAUCGGUGGAUGCCCGAGAAGCCGCAAGCCAGAGCACCUUGUUCCAAGCUGCAGUGGAAGGGCAUGUACUUGUCAAAAAUGUCGAUGCUGUUCUCCCGCUAAACGCGCCGCCAGCUCUAUCGAUUUUUGGCUAUGAUGCCAUAGCGGGAGCCAACUCUUCUUCUGAUCCUCUCUUUCAAUACGGUCUUGCCAACACCCAACAUUUUGUGAAUGGAGCACCUUUCACAAUCGUUGAUGAAGACCUAAACAUGGCUUCGGCUGCAAGUGCUUCGCAUCGUUGUCCACAGGUUGCCCUUGAUGGUACGAUGAACACUGGUGCAGGUUCUGGAGCGAUUACACCCGCUACUGCCGUCUCCCCGUAUGAUGCUCUCGUUCAGCAGGCCGCUUUGGACAAUACCACGCUUUAUACGGACUUCAAAUCUCAAAAUCCGAAUGUUGCGUCUUCGAGCGGGCCAUGCCUGGUCUUCAUCAAUGCACAGUCACCGGAAUCCUGGGAUCGCACGGAAUUGCAGAACGAGUACUCAGACACGCUUGUGACGAACGUUGCGUCAAAAUGCAAAAACACCAUUGUAAUCAUACACAAUGCUGGCGUGCGUUUGGUUGAUGAGUGGAUCGAUCAUCCCAACGUGACUGCAGCCAUGUAUGCACAUCUUCCUGGUGAAGCAAGCGGAAGCGCCCUUGUUGAGAUUCUCUAUGGACGCCAGUCGCCAUCUGGACGCCUCCCAUACACUGUCGCGCAUAAUGAAGCGGAUUACGGUGCUCUGCUCAACCCUGACUAUCCUACGGUGGACAAUCCGUUCUAUUCUCAGUCUAAUUUCUCCGAGGGACUGGCGAUUGACUACAAGCAUUUCAUUCUCAACGGAAUCGAGCCACGUUUCGCAUUUGGCUACGGGCUUACGUAUUCCGAGUUUGAGUACAGCUCCCUAGAAGUGUCCUGGAAUGCUUCGGCAAACAUGCAGUCCCAACUGCCAGACCAAAAUACCACACCAAUUCCUCAAGGUGGUUACGACUCGCUAUAUGACAUACUCGCAACAGCCACGGUUCAAGUGACCAAUGUUGGACAUGUUGCCGCUGCAGAAGUCGCUCAAUUGUAUGUUGGCAUUCCCCAAAGCGGGGUCUCAAAAGCUCUUCGUGGUUUCGAUAAGCAAUUGCUCCAACCUGGAGCUUCGUCGGAAUAUGCCUUUCCACUUCGAAGAAGAGACUUAAGUGUUUGGGACGUUGAUACCCAACAGUGGGUUCUUAAUCGCGGCAAUUAUUCAUUCAUGGUUGGCAAGAAUGUACUUGACAUUGUCCUAACGCAGAGUCUCGAGCUUUGAUUGUAAACAAAGAAGCCGAAGUAUCC